CUUUUGAAAUAGCACGGCGAAUGGGUAAAGAAAAUAAUACGGUGUCAUAUAUACGUCGGCUUUGACGAUCGCAUCUUUUCAAUGGUUUUAUUUAUCCGCGUUUCUUUACAUCGUUCCCAUGUGCGUUCAAUUAAUAUUCAAUUUAGUUUACACUUGACGAUGUUUAGGCAAAUACAUACCAAAUAUUUAAUAUUUUCUUUUUGAUUGUUUGAAAAUGAAUUGAGUAGGAAAGCACCAGAUUUAUAGAAUGAGCCGGUCACCUUACCAAUUCAAAGACAAUUACAUCAAAUGUCCGUUAUGUUCAAAAACAUUUACUGGCCCACGAAUCUUGCCAUGUCUCCAUUCGUUUUGUUUGACAUGCUUAGAAACUUACGUAAAGGAAGGCUCAAAAGAUGGUCGCUAUGACAAAUCAACGGUAGAUAAGAAGACAAAGAACAGUAGUCCGGUAAACCAAAGUACAGGCAGUAAAAGUGCAAACACAAGUCCUACCGAUCAAAACAAUCUUCCCGAUGCUAAGAGUCGGCCAUCAGGUAGUAAAACUGCAAAUACCAACUCAAGUCCUACUGGCCAGAGCAAUAUAGCUGAUGGUAAAAGUCGAUUAUCACCAACGAAAGCUAAGUCGCCAACCAAGUCAAAGUCACCAACGCGACAAGUGCCAAAAACGAGUCGUGACCCAAUCGAUGGAGCAUCGUCCAAAUCUGGCAAUGUUCAGUUCCAGGGAACUUCGAAGGGAUUCCCAUGUCCGUGCUGUAAGAAAUUUACUACAACGCCGCAGUUGCCUAAAACAUCGCCUGACAAAUGGGCUGAAUUAUUCCCAGAGAAUAAUCUACUUGCAGACCUUGUAGAUUUACAUUCAAUGAAAGUCGGUACCAAAGUUUGCGACCCCUGUAAACGCAACAAGUCGACAUCUCAGGUUCAUUCAUAUUGCAAAAGUUGUCGAGAUGCAAUGUGUGAACCAUGUGCAAAGACACAUAAAGGGUUACGAAGCGUCGAUAACCAAAGACUGAAAGAGCACUAUUGUUAUGUUCAUUCCACUCUCUGCUGUUCGCAAUGUUUGACUGAGAAUCACAGGAAGUGUGACCGUGUUGUCACAGUUGCGGAAGCAGCGCUAAAAAGUAAGACCAGUGGAAAUAUUUCAUCUUUAGAAAAUGCACUGGACAAAUACAAAUCUCAUAUGGAUAUCGUACAUAAGGAUCGGUCCAAUCUUUUAAAAAAGUUAGAUAACAAGAAGUCAAAAUUAAUGGGAGAGUUUGUAAAUGUUAAGAAACACAUCAUAUCUCAGCUCGAGAAGAUGGAGAAAGAUCUCAACACGAUAUUAGACUCUACACAUCGGCAAGAGACGAAGAAAAUCAAGCAAGAUAUCACUAAAUGCAAAGAAAUUCAGUCAGCCGUUACAAAUACAAAUGAAAUUCUAUCUGUCGCCGACAAUCACGGAUCAAAUUCUCAGAUCAUUGAAAUGACCGAGAAAGUCCGAGGAGAGUGUGAAUAUUACGAAGAAAGUAUUUCGAUACUCUGUUCGCGCAUGCGCACGGUCGACUACGAUAUUGCCCUAGAUAACUCAUUGCAGCAAGUGAUGAAGAGACUGAAUCAAUUCGGUCGUAUCGAUGUUAAUACUACCGCUACAAAACUCCCGCCAGCACCAAAACUUGCAGCAACGUUGGGUCUCCAGAGUUCAACGACUAAGACAAAGGCAGUUAAACCAGAGUUCACACUGUCUGGUAAAAAUGCAAACGAGAUAGGUGAAUUCUGUGCAAGAUUUGAGGAAGACACUCAAGACUGUUGGUUUACUGGAGCGAAAUUUUUAUCAGACGGUCGCAUAUUACUAGCAGACAGAACAAAUCGGAAGCUUAAGCUGUUUACAAGCAAUUUCAUGCCUAUAAGAGAAUUUCCUCUAUCAUCCAAGCCAUGGGAUAUAGCACUUGUCACCGAUAAAGAGGUCGCCGUUUCGCUACCGGCGGAAUGCAGGAUUCAACUCAUUAGUGUUGAUGGGGACUACCUAACCCAGACUCGAUCCAUUCCAACCGAUGAACCAUGUUUUGGUAUAUGUUACACUGAUGGGAAGUUCCUCACUGUCACCUAUGACGGAGAUCCGCCCAAUUUGAAAAUCCUGUCUCCCACAGGGCAAGAGUUAACGUACGUAUGCGUUGAUGACGACGGGUUUACUCUGUUCUCUAAGCCCCUGUAUGUCACAUGUACACCUAAAGCCGAGCAGAUAUGGGUGUCGGAUGAUCGCCUGGGUUGUAUUGUAAACUUGAAGGAAACUGGGGAGUUAAACUUUAACUACUCGGCAAUAGACUUAGGAAGUGCAGGGGGAAUUACUUUAGAUCAGGAAGGUAAUAAAUACGUAUGUGGUACCACGUCAAAUAGCGUACACGUGAUUUCUCCAUGCGGUAAAAGAGUAAAAGUCCUCGUGACAGGAGAAUCGAUCUCGUACCCACGUGCUGUUGCAUACGAACCACGUGAAAAGAAACUGCUUGUUACACAGGGCGAUAAGGAUAUUGUUAAGGUGUUUAGUUUGGCAUGAUAGUUGUGUUCUUGUGAGAGUAAAAUGUGCAAACAGUAAAAGAUGAUAUUCCUUUAAAAGGAAUCCGUAUCUGUUCUGAAAAUAAGUUGUAUAGCGACCAAGUUCAUUAUUCUGAAAAUUUGGUUUUUGUAUAAAACAUGCAUAUUUACACGUACGUUAAUUAUCGAAGCACAUUUAACUAUAAUUACAACGACAACAAUUCUCAUUUACUAGUAUUCAUUUCUGAAUAUCCUAGAUGUAAUUUAUUUCAGUUUAGAAUUAUAUUUAUUAAAUUACUUGUAUUUGUAAAGUAAAUUGAUCAUAUCAUUCGGUACAAUAAUGCUCAUCACAUUAUGUCUGCAAUUGGUGUUUGUAUCAAUGGCUUCAUCCAAUAAAGUUCCAUAUAAUUUCUUAACAUGUUCAUUAAAUAUU